CUUGAGUAAAGAUCCAGCGAAACAAAGUCGGUUAAAAAAUUGAAAAAUUGGUUUCUUUCCCCUUACUUAUACAUUCCCUGCUGAAAUAAGAAGCAAAAACAUUCAACAUUUCUACAGUCUAUCCUUUAUUUUUAUACUCCCAUCACUUCUGCAUGUCUAUCAGAUAUUAGGGAAAACAUGAAGGUAGAAAAAGACUUAUUUUGAUCAACAUGAUCAAUACUCAUAUAUUGAAAUGAUCAGUUAAUAACUAGUCAGCUAGGGUACUUGUCAACCUUAUAACAAUACACUAGAGUAACCAAACUUUAAUGCUUUAAUACAUAUAAAGUGCAAUAAUGUAUGAAGAGGAUUAUACUGGAAUAGACGUACAUGAAGAUGAUACUGGAAUAGACACACAUGAAGAUGAUACCGAUUGGACAAAUCCUUUCUUUGAACAUGAUGAUGUGCAUAGUAAACAUUCUGAACCAAUACAAAGUAAGAAGAAGAGAAGUAGUACAUGUAAUGCAGUCUUGACAGAAAGUGACGUAUACAUUUCUAAGUUGAAGCACACAAGAACUAUCAUACACAUAGAUAUUGACUGUUUCUAUGCUCAGGUUGAAAUGAUUAGAAAUCCUAAACUUAGAGACAAACCACUGGGUAUUCAGCAGAAGUACAUAGUUGUUACCUGUAACUACAAAGCCAGGGAAUAUGGUGUUACUAAAUUAAUGACUUUAAAAGAUGCAAAGGAGAAAUGUCCACAGCUGGUGUUAGUGAAUGGAGAAGAUCUUACACAUUAUAGAGAAAUGUCAUAUAAGAUAUCAGAAUUUUUGCAGAAAUACACACCAAAUGUUGAAAGACUUGGAUUUGAUGAAAAUUACCUUGACGUAUCUGAAAUAGUUAAACAAAGAAUUAAUUCUAGGUGUCAAGGAAGAGAGGUGAAAGGUCAUACAUAUUGUUUAAAAGAAGAGAAAGACACGACUAUAGAUACUGUGCAGUGUGACUGUGGUUGUCAAGAAAGAUUGAUUGUUGGUUCAGAGAUUGCUAAUGAUAUCCGUAGUGCCUUGUAUGAUGAGUUAGGAGUUACAUGUUGUGCUGGAAUAUCCUACAACAAACUAUUGUCAAAACUUGUAGGAGAACAACACAAACCUAACCAGCAGACAACACUCUUUCCACAUCAGACACAAACUUUUAUGUCUUCAAUGAAGAAAGCAAGUAAAAUUCCUGGUAUAGGAUCAACAACAUCAAAGAAAUUAGCCAGACUUGGUAUUGUUAGUGUAUUAAAUCUUCAAGAGAUACCAGUGGCAGACUUAAUACCAGAGAUAGGAGAAUCUCAGGCUCUUACAAACAAACAGUUGAGUUAUGGUAUCGAUGACAGCCCUAUUGUACCGUAUGGUAGACCACAGACCAUCAGUGAUGAAGAUUCCUUUAAGAAUUGUAGAACGGUACCAGAUGUAAGAUCCAAAGCUUCACAACUAAUACAAAGCUUAUUACAGAGGCUAAAAGUGGAUGGUAGAAUUGUACAGACUGUUAGACUGACUAUACGUAAACUGACUACUGAUAAACAAUGGACCAACAGAGAAAGUCGUCAAUGUCCUGUACCUCAUCAUGUAGCCACAAAAAUUAUUCAAGGAAAGACAGAUUUGAUUUUGCCUGAGUUAGAGAAGCUAGUGCUCGCAUUGUUUAUGAAACUGGUUGACACAAACACUCCAUUUCACCUUACAUUGAUGAAUAUUGCUUUCUGUAAUUUGGCAGACAAACCCAAAAAUUCAAUACAGAAUUUUCUUUCACCUUCUAAGUCGGAAAUAUUAAGUAAAAACAAAACUGAGAAGCAAACAGUAGAAAAUGGGUUAACUAAUUCUGAGAAUAUAAACAAAGCUAAAAAAGGAAUUUUGAGUUUCUUUAAAGCAGCUCCGGACAAAGACAAAACUGUAGAAAAUAAAACAAGUGAACUUGAAAUUCAAACUGGACAUGAGAGAAAAAGGAAAUGUGAAAGUAGUUUUUCAGACAACUCUUUAAAGAAAGUGAAAGGCGAGAGUGAAGAUUUCACAAUAGAGCCAAGUACUUCUUUUAGUGGGGAUUCAAACUUUAUGGAGAGUGUAGAUCAAGACGUGUUAAGUCAGCUUCCUCCUGAUAUACAGAAAGAAAUAUUUGAAAGUUCAAAAAACAACCAAUCCUGUAAUUCAAAAAACAGUACAGUUACAGAAAAUAUAAGUAACUUGUGUGAUUCAGGAGAUGAUGAAUUAAAAAAGAAACUUAUGACUGCUGGAAUAGAUGCUAAUGAUUUUCUGUCAUUUCCACCUGACGUUCAGAAAGAUAUUAUGGAACAGUACAAAAUAGGUGUUCAAUCAAAAACACCUUCACCAGCAAAGCAGCACAAAAGAUCAAUACUCACAUACUUUACUACAAAAAACAAAUCUCUAAAAUAAAAAAAAUUAC